AUAAACCUGCGGUGACCAUCAGGAACCUGCAGGUUUGAAAAGGAAAACUGGUUUUCUGCGUCCCUGAACGAUCCUCCAGGAGGAGGAGGAGGAGGAGCAGAGGAGGAGACACCCUCCUCUUCCUCUCCGCAGAGCCGCUGAUCCAGUUCGCACCUGCGGCCCGAGUCUACCUGUGGAUCCGGCAGCAGCAGCAGCAGCAUGGGGGUCUCCGCGUCCAGCCUGCUGGAUGAAGCCAAGUCCGCCUACAUCAGAGGCCAGGCGGAGGCCGAGCUGAGCGACUUCGCUCCGUACUACAGGAAGCAGUUCUCGGUGGCCCGGUUCGCCCAGGUGGAGGACGAACUGCAACAGAACAAACAGCAGAUCACUCAGCUGCUCGAGCAGAAGAAGGCGCCAGAGGAAGCCAUCGUCCUCUACGACGACGCCGUGUGGUACUUUGAUGACAGCAGGAAGUGGAGGGAGCGGAUCGUUGUGGUGAGAGCAAACUACUGCCUGGAGUGUCAUGAAAGCCUGCAGUCUUAUGUUAAAGGAGCCAACGCGCUUUACAAGCUGCUGCCUACAGGGGGCACUAUUCUGACCACAGAGGAGAAGUACAUGGAGAUGGUGGACAAAUGCUACCCUGAUGACAGCAACGUGAAGGAGGAGUUCGCUCCUCCUCUGCCGGGGAUGCCGGGGCAGUUCCCCGUCUACCUGCGCCUGCCCUACAGGAGGGAUUACUACUUCUGCUUCAAGCAGGAGGCCAAGCGGGCCACCUUCAUCUCCUUCCUGUCCGACUGCAUCAAGCACCAGAACCAAGACUUCCAGAAGAAGAAGACGUGUGAAGUCCAGGCGUUCCUGAAGGCCAUCCAGCUGUUCCGCCAGGACCGGGGCCAGUACGAGGCCUGGGGCAUGCUGAUCGGCAGCGACGUGCGGGUGAUGGCCAACCUGGUGAUGGAGAAGCUGCUGCCGUCGCUGGGGAAGGACCUGCUGCCUCGCCUCAGAGCCAAGAAGACCGACAGGAAGAAGGCUUGGUUCAUCACGAUGGAGGCGGCCUACAUCCUGGUCCAGGAGCAUCUGCUGGAGGGCCUGGCAGCUCUGAAGGAGGAGUGCAAGGUGUCCGUCCAGCAGCAGGAGGUUCUGAUGCGCUCCGACAUGGACCAGAUCCUCAACACCAGGCGGCAGCUGGAGGAGAAGAUCCGAGCCAAGGUCUCUGAGCCGGCGGAGCAGCUGUGCUCCGAGUCCGUCCAGCCCUACCUGGGCUCGGUUCUGGAGGAGCUGAUGGAGCCGAUCAGCUCCGGCUUCAUGGCCAGCCGGCAGCUGAUGGAGACCAAGAUGGACGAGGUGUACCAGGCCGUCCUGCAGGGAGCCGACAACGACAAGCUGAAACAGGCUUUGGGUGAGAUGGCGAGACCGAACUUGCUGGACUGCUGCCUGAAGAUCAGCUCCCUGCAGGGCAAACUGAAGCACCUGCAGGAGCGCUUUGGGUUCAGCACCUUGACGGCGGUGACCCAUGGCGCUCAGAUCGACCUGCAGCAGCUGAUGGAGAACGCGGCGUACACGCUGGAGCUGAUGCUGAAGAAAGCCAUGGAGGACAACCCGGAAACGGCCGGCGCCGUCAUGGACAAGGCCAAGCACCGGAUCCUGAAGCAAUUCGACUACGACAGCAGCACAGUGAGGAAGAGGAUCUUCCAGGAAGCCCUGGUCUCCAUCAUGCUGCCCUUCAUCAAGAAGAACCUGGCCGACUCCUGCAAACCCGAGCUCCAGGGUCUGGAACAGACCGUCUACACUGACUACGCCAACUUCAUCCACGUGGAGAACGUCUAUGAGAACAUCCUCCUGCAAAUCCUGGACAAGGAGGUUUCUAAGGUGGUGAAGGAAGCUGCCAGCCUGCAUAAACACAACCUGUUCAAAGCGAGCAGCCGCGCCAGCCUGUCCUCCAUGUCCACGCCCAGCAGCCCCGCCCCGGCUCUGGCCUCCUCCAUCAGGUCCCCGUCCCAGGCUCCUCCGUCUCCUCUGGCCGUCAGCAGGCCGCCCCCCAGUCCCACGAAGGGGGCGGAGCCAAAGAGGGAGAACGUAGGAGAAGUGCUGCAGGCGGCCGAGACGCUGCUGAAGGAGGUGGAACCGACAGCGGACCGGCCAGACGCAAAGCUGCCAGCAGCCGAAGGAACCCAAACGUUGAAGGUAGAAGUGAUCAGCUCAGCAGAACCAAAACCUCCUUCAGCCGAGACUCUGGACCCAUCAGAACCACAGAUCCAGGAAAAUCUUUCUGUCCAAGCAGAAGAGCCCAGAACCCAGAGAACAGACCAACAAGAGGCAGAAACCACUUCAUCAGAACCUCCAGCUGUUUGUCCAGAACCUCCAGCUGUUUGUCCAGAACCUCCAGCUGUUUGUCCAGAACCUCCAGCUGUUUCUCCAGAAGUUCCAACUGCUGCAGAACCUCCAGCUCCAGAACUUUCUUCUCCAGAUACUCUGGCUACAAUUGCAGAACCUCUGGCAACUGUAGAGCCUCCAGAACCUUCUGUUGUUGCAGAACCUCCUGUGUCAGAACCUUCAUCUGCUUCAGAACCCCCAUCUGCUGCAGAACCUUCAUCUGCUGCAGAACCCCCAUCUGCUGCAGAACCUUCCGUUGUUUCAGAAGCUCCAAGUCUGGACCAAACCGAUGAACCUGUGGAUCUUCCAGCAGAAGAAACCGGAUCCCAGCCUGCAGCCGCCAGCCAGCAGCCAUCAGCCAUGCUGGCGGCUCCCCCUGGUGGUGAAGAAGCAGAAGACGUCAGCCUGAAGCUACAGCUGAAGACGGAGGACACAGACUCCCUCUCCGCCUCGGAUCCCAACUCCCUGGCCGUGUCAGUGCGAAGUGACUCUCCACGGUCCGACCUGGAGUCCACAGAAGGAACCUCAGAAACCUCGGAGCUCCUGGAGGUCCAGUCAGCGCUGAGCCCAGAGGAAACAUCUGAGGACCAGACCUCAGCGGGAGAACCGUCCGUCAAGGCUCAGACCGGAGAGGUGGAGGCCGGAGCCACGGCGGAGAGUCCGGCAGAACCAGAUGGUGCUGCGUUCUCCCCGCCCGCCGGGAACGGUCCCGGCGAGCCCGAUGUCCGGCCGCCGGACUGCGUGAAGGAGAUCCGCAACCUGGUGGUGGAGGUGAUCGAGGUGGAGGAGCCGAUGCAUCAAUAUCCCAAAGAGGAAUGAACUGAUGGUGGGGGGAUCCAGAACCAGAACCACCUUAAACUCCUGCAUGAAGAUAUAGUAACUUAUUUAAACAAAUCAUUUAUCAGGUUUUAGCCGGAAGCUACUUUAGGAACUUUUGGACUUUUUAUUCUGGAAACUUUUCCAAACUGUUUGGCUUCAUGCGAGCUUCAUCCUCCAGAACUUCACCGGGUUCCUGCCGAUGGGGUUCUGCAGGAACCCAGUGAUUCUUUCCUAUCCGACCGGGUCCAGAACUCCAGGAUACGACGGCAUUGA